AUUUAAUUUUAAUGGCCUGUUACAUCAUGUUACAUUACAGUUUUAUUUUGGUUUUGGCCAAAUUUCGUCGUAAUGAAAAAGAAAAUCUCGAAUGACUACAGAAAAUACGUUAAUAAGUGUUAUUGUACCAAUUCACAAUGGGGCUCAAUGGAUAGAUGCUUGUUUUCACAGCAUUUUAAAACAAACGGCACUUAAUAAUCCUAAUCUAAGACUGGAAGUAUGCAUUUGCAAUGAUAGCAGCGCUGAUAAUACUUUAAAAUUAUUGAAAAAUUGGGAAAGUGAUUUUCAAGAACAGGGUGUAGUCUUUAAAAUAUUUAACAACACCAAUGGAACUCCUGGAGGAGUUGGGUAUUCAAAAAAUAAGGCAGUUUCUUUAAGUACAGGAGAAUUUUUAUGUUUCCAAGAUGUUGAUGAUAUAAUGCUGCCAAAUAGGAUUCAAAAACAAUAUGAAGCUAUUCGUAAUUGCACAGAUAUCACAAUUGUAGGAAGUCAGUUUGAAAGAAAUCCAGAUGGUUCUACAAUUAGAUUCACAAAAUGGGCUAAUUCUUUGACUCAAGAUCAGCUAAAUUUGCAAGUGUUUACAUCUCAUGGACCUACAGUUAUAAUGCCUACAUGGUUUUUGCAUAAGAAUACAUUUGAUAGAAUUGGUGGGUUUGUUGAAAAUGAAAAAGGCACACCUGAAGAUUUAAUAUUUUUCUAUAAACAUUUGGAUUUUGGUGGAAAGAUAUUUAGAGUUGAUGAAUGUCUAUUAAUAUACACAUUUCAUACUGGACAAACCACUUUUUCAAUACACAAAAAUACAAUUUGGGAUUUGAGGGUGGAACGAUUACAAAAAACAAUUCUAAGCCAAUGGACUCAUUUUACUAUUUGGAAUGCUGGUAAACAGGGUAAAAAAUUAUACAACUCUUUAUCAGAGUCUAAUAAAAAUAAAGUUUUAGCUUUCUGUGAUGUAGAUAAGAAUAAAAUUGGGAAAACAUAUAUUCCCUAUGAUCAUAAAAAGCCUAAAGAGGCUAAAAGAGGUGUAGAUAUUAUUUAUUUUAAAGAUGCUGAACCACCUUUAGUCGUUUGUGUCAAAAUGGACCUAACAGGUGGAGCUUUUGAAGAAAAUUUAAAAAGUUUAAAUCUUAAAGAAGGAUUAGAUUAUAUUAUUUUCAGUUAAGUUUAUAAUUAGGUAUUAUAAAAGUGGAUUAACUAAACAUGUGUACAAGAUUUUUAAUAAAUACAAUAAUGAUUAAUGUCUAACAUAAUUUUAAUUAUCCUUUAUACAAAUUUGCUGCUAAAUACUGUAUAAAAAGUUUAGGUAUAGUAUGAGGAUCAGGUGUAUGUGACUUGGAGUAAUUGACAUACUGCCUCCUAAAAUUUAUAAGAUCUGGGAUACUAAUAUUUGAAAUAUUUAAGCUCAGAUCUUCGUAACCAUUAAUUUUAAUGUCACCAGUAGCACCUCUCUUUAUUUCUAAAAUCAAACCAUCUACAAUUUUCUUAGUAAUCUGAUCUAAUUCAUACAAAAAGUUUGUAGCUUUGAGUGGAGGAUUUUGUGUAGACAUAUUGGGCUUUGGCAGCUUCUUUUUAAACAAAGCAGCAUAAAUUCCUUCUUUAUCCAUUUCCCGCUCAGGAUAAACUGUAAAUAAUGGGGCAUCCCAUCGAUUUUUACCAUCAGGAUCUUCAUAUCUCAUGACCAAUGCAUCAAAAGUUUCCCUAUCAUAUUUUUCAGCAUCAUUCUCUCGAAGUUCAUUAAAACUCCAAGCUUCCUCUCUAUUUAUUUCUGUGUGAACGGUGCACUGGGUACAUUUACUUGCUUUUGCAGCACAAAAUAAUUCAUAUCUAUAUCCUUUGAUAUAAUUUAAAGCAUCCAAUAUAACUAUACUAUUAGGGGACAAUAAUUUUAUCAUCUCAGAUUUCAAAAUACCUCUAAUAUGCUUCUCUUUGUCUUUAUCAGCGUAACAUGUCUUUUUGUCAAAACCAGCUUUCACUAUUUGGUCAUGUUCACUAACAAGGUGGACUUCUUUGUUUUGUUCCUUGAGAAAGGUGCGCAGUUCUUCGCUUCUCGUGGUUUUCCCACUGCUAGGGACGCCUGUUAAUACUAUUAAAGGCAUUUUAAUAUUUAUCACAGAAUAUUUAUUUACUACAAAAUUUAGGUUAGAUCACGGUUAGAUAUCGAUUUAAUGUUGUUGGCUAAC